UCUCCCACAUCGGGAAAAUAAAACAGUACAGAGUUCUUCUUAUAGCGCAGGUUCGAUAGUAUGGUUCGUCCCUUCGGGGACAUCCGAUAAAAUUGGAACGAUACAGAGAAGAUUAGCAUGGCCCCUGCGCAAGGAUGACACGCAUAAAUCGAGAAAUGAUCCGUGAAAGGUUAACCAUUGAAGCGUUUCAGUCAAUUGUUUGAGGUGAAGAAGACGUAUAGGUAUUGUCGAAAUGAAUAAAGGAGGAAUGGGCGUCGGCGGUGGCGGCGGCGGUGUUGGUGGACCGACGGCCGCCGCAGCGGCGGCGGCAGCUCAGAAGCAGAAAAGCCUUCUGCAGAGGGUGGAUGCAGAUGUUGGAAUUCUCGUUGAUAAUUUUGGAUUCCUGGUUAAUGUAGCUCGGGUUAACGAUCCACCAGUUCGAAACUCGCAAGAAUCUUUCAUGAUGGAGAUUCGUGCUGCUAGAAUGGCUCAAGCUGCCGAGUCGUUGCUAAAGUUAGUUUCGGAAUUAAAGCAAACGGCAAUUUUUUCUGGAUUUGCGUCUCUGAAUGAUCACGUUGACCAAAGAACAGAGGAGUUGAAUAAAAUGGAGGAAAGCACAAACGGGAAGUUGUCAAGAAUCGGAGAAGAGGCAGCUGCUAGUCUCAAGGAGCUCGAGUCCCAUUAUUACUCUUCCGCCAUUAGAACGAGCAAUGACGCCACAUCAGCCAGCCUUUAGGCAAAGAUGAAGAGAGUUUCAUAAUUUGUAAUUUGUAAUUUCAUGGAGCAAAUAAUCUGUUUCUUAUUUAUAUUUAAUUUUUUUUUUUGGGUGUAAUAGUCAAAAAACGAUUGUGAUAUUUGAUUAUCUUCGAAUGAAAGUUGUUGUAUGGAUACGAUAA